GGGGGGUUGCCCGUGCCGAGAUCAUUCCCCGUGUGGGUUUUAAUUUGCUUUUCCUCCCUCCCUCCCUUCCUCCUUCUCUCCCUUUCCUCCCACGGCAGGAGAAGAAUUUUAUGAAGCUUCCCCCUACGAGCCGGUCACCUCUCGUCUCUCUGAUAUAUUCAGACUCGCUUCAAUUUUCUCAGGGAUGGACCCCGCCGCCUCCUCCAAGAGCAACCACUGCCUGGACGCGGCCAAGGCCUGCAACCUGAACGACAACUGCAAGCGCCUGCGCUCGGGGUACAUCUCCACGUGCAGCCGGGAGCUGGCGGGGGCCGAGCCCUGCAGCCGCCGCAAGUGCCACAAGGCCCUGCGCCAGUUCUUCGACCGCGUGCCCGGCGAGUUCACCUUCCGCCUGCUCUUCUGCUCCUGCAAGGACCGCGCGUGCGCCGAGCGCCGCCGCCAGACCAUCGUCCCCUCCUGCUCCUACGAGGACAAGGAGAAGCCCAACUGCCUGGACCUGCGGGGCACCUGCCGGGCGGAUCACCUGUGCAGGUCCCGUCUGGCCGAUUUCCACACCAACUGCCAGGCCACCUUCCAGUCCCUGACCAGCUGCCCCGGGGACAACUACCAGGCGUGCCUGGGCUCCUACGCGGGGCUCAUCGGCUUCGACAUGACCCCCAACUACGUCGACGCCAGCACCACCAGCAUCACCAUCUCGCCCUGGUGCUCCUGCAAGGGCAGCGGGAACAUGGAGGAGGAGUGCGAGAAGUUCCUCCGGGACUUCACGGAAAACCCCUGUCUCCGAAACGCCAUCCAGGCCUUUGGCAACGGGAGCGACGUGAGCGUGGCCCCCAAAAACCCCUCUCCCCCCGUCACGGUGCCUCCCAGGGCGGAGAAGAGCCCGGCCCUGCCCGACGACGUCAACGACAGCAACACCAUCUACGACACCAGCGUCGUCCCCGCCUGCACCCCCGCCCAGGAACAAGGACUGAAGCCAAACAAGUCCAAAGAGCAGAGCCUGUGCUACUCAGAGACCCAGCUGACCACGGACACGAUGCCGGACCAGAAGACCUUCGUGGACCAGAAGGGGGGAUGCAGCCGACACCGGGCGGGCCGGAUCCUGCUCCCUGUGCUCCUGGGGCCCAUCCUGCUGCUGGCACCGGGAUUAUAGAGGGGAGGGAAAGGCCGGCGGGACGGGGACGCUCCCACCAGUGCCCACCAGUGCCCACCAGUGCCCACCAGUGCCCGCUGGCACUCAGCCUCACCCCCAGCUCCUGCUGCGGCCACGGGGGGACAUGGACAGACCGAGACCCUCCGGAGUGCCGGGAAUGCCGAGGCGCGGGAAUGCCGAGGCGGCAGGAGGGACCCUCUCACCAACGCUGGGAAACUUUGGUGGUUUUUUCCUUCCUGGUUUCAUCUGUUUUUUUUGUUUUUUUUUUCC